CGGCGCCCUAGGAGGCGGCGGCGGGAGGAUCACGCCCCGGCUUGGAGGCCCGGCCUGCUGCGCGCCCCCAGCCGGACCCGCACCGCCACUUGCCUGAGCGCCCGGGCUGCGCCGCCGCCUCCGCGAGGUCCCCCCGGAGCCUUUGAGGACACAGCGUCUCUGGCAGCCGUUUCUGGUUCCUGUGACAGGGCGGCCUGCAAGCAGAUGACGAGGACUGGCUUAUAGUCCUCAGUGGCCAUUGAGAGGGAGCUUAUCUGAACAACCACCGCCAUGUCGGGGUCCACGCAGCCUGUAACGCAGACGUGGAGGGCCACCGAGCCCCGCUACCCGCCCCAUGGCAUCUCCUACCCCGUGCAGAUCGCCCGACCCCACACGGACGUCGGGCUGCUUGAGUACCAGCACCACCCCCGUGACUACACCUCACACCUGUCACCUGGCUCCAUCAUCCAGCCCCAGAGGAGGAGGCCCUCCCUGCUGUCUGAAUUUCAGCCCGGGAAUGAAAGGUCCCAGGAGCUUCACCUGCGACCUGAGUCCCACUCGUACCUGUCCGACCUGGGCAAGUCGGAGAUGGAAUUCAUCGAGAGCAAACGCCCUCGCCUGGAGCUGCUACCCGACCCCCUACUGCGGCCCUCACCCCUGCUGGCCACAGGCCAGCCUGGGGGCUCUGACGACCUGUCAAAGGACCGCAGCCUGACGGGCAAGCUGGAGCCGGUGUCUCCCCCCAGCCCCCCGCACGCCGACCCUGAGCUGGAGCUGGUGCCUCCGCGGCUCUCCAAGGAGGAGCUGAUCCAGAGUAUGGACCGCGUGGACCGCGAGAUCACCAUGGUGGAGCAGCAGAUCUCCAAGCUGAAGAAGAAGCAGCAACAGCUGGAGGAGGAGGCUGCUAAGCCGCCCGAGCCCGAGAAGCCGGUGUCGCCACCGCCCAUCGAGUCGAAGCAUCGCAGCCUGGUGCAGAUCAUCUAUGACGAGAACCGGCCAUUGUACAACCAGCCGUCCGACACCAGGCAGUAUCAUGAGAACAUCAAAAUAAACCAGGCGAUGCGGAAAAAGCUAAUUUUGUACUUCAAGAGGAGGAAUCACGCCCGGAAGCAAUGGGAACAGAAGUUCUGCCAGCGCUAUGACCAGCUCAUGGAGGCCUGGGAGAAGAAGGUGGAACGCAUCGAGAACAACCCCCGGCGGAGGGCCAAGGAGAGCAAGGUGCGCGAGUAUUACGAGAAGCAGUUCCCUGAGAUCCGGAAGCAGCGGGAGCUGCAGGAGCGCAUGCAGAGCAGGGUGGGCCAGCGGGGCAGCGGGCUCUCCAUGUCGGCCGCCCGCAGCGAACACGAGGUAUCCGAGAUCAUCGAUGGCCUGUCGGAGCAGGAGAACCUGGAGAAGCAGAUGCGCCAGCUGGCCGUGAUCCCGCCGAUGCUGUACGACGCCGACCAGCAGCGGAUCAAGUUCAUCAACAUGAACGGGCUCAUGGACGACCCCAUGAAGGUGUACAAAGACCGGCAGGUCAUGAACAUGUGGAGCGAGCAGGAGAAGGAGACCUUCCGGGAGAAGUUCAUGCAGCACCCCAAGAACUUCGGCCUGAUCGCAUCUUUCCUGGAGAGGAAGACGGUGGCUGAGUGCGUCCUCUAUUACUACCUGACCAAGAAGAAUGAGAACUAUAAGAGUCUGGUGAGACGGAGCUACCGGCGCCGCGGGAAGAGCCAGGGAGCCCGGCAGACUGUUACCAGCCAGCCAGCCGCUCAUCCAGCUAAAGAAACGCAUGUCUCUUGCAGCCUGCCACCCAGUUUCCUGGCUCAGGUGAAGCCAUCACCGUCUCCUUCUCUGGCCUUUAGGGAGAAGACGGACGACACGUCUGGGGAAGACAACGAUGAAAAGGAGGCCGUGGCCUCCAAGGGCCGCAAGACCGCCAACAGCCAGGGGAGGCGCAAAGGCCGUAUCACUCGCUCCAUGGCCAACGAGGCCAACAGCGAGGAAGCCGUCACCCCGCAGCAGAGCGCCGAGCUGGCUUCGAUGGAGAUGAACGAGAGCUCCCGCUGGACCGAAGAGGAGAUGGAGACAGCCAAGAAAGGUCUCCUGGAACAUGGCCGCAACUGGUCGGCCAUCGCCCGCAUGGUGGGUUCCAAGACGGUGUCGCAGUGUAAGAACUUCUACUUCAACUACAAGAAGAGGCAGAACCUGGAUGAGAUUCUGCAGCAGCACAAGCUGAAGAUGGAAAAGGAGAGGAACGCACGGAGGAAGAAGAAGAAAACCCCGGCCGCUGCCAGCGAGGAGGCCGCCUUCCCACCUGUGGUGGAGGAUGAGGAGAUGGAAGCAUCGGGCGCAAGCGGGAAUGAGGAGGAGAUGGCGGAGGAGGCAGAAGCCUUACAUGCCUCUGGGAACGAGGUGCCCAGAGGGGAGUGCAGUGGCCCAGCCGCCAUCAACAACAGCUCCGACACCGAGAGCAUCCCGUCGCCUCGAACCGAGGCCGCCAAGGACACGGGGCAGAAUGGGCCCAAGCCCCCGCCCGCCGUGGGCACCGACGUGCCACCCCCUGAGCCACCCCAGCCCCAAGCCGCCGGCCCGCCCACGCCCCCGCCAGCAGCCCCGUCGCCUGCCCCGCCCCCUCCUGUGGUCCCCAAGGAGGAGAAGGACGAAGAGGCCUCAUCAGCGCCCCCGGCGGUGGAGGAGGGGGAGGAGCAGAAGCCCCCCGUGACCCAAGAGCUGGCCGUGGAUGUGGGCCCAAAGGACGAGCCCGGGGAGGCUCCCCCCGCCGAGCCCAUCAAAACUGAGUGCAAGGAGGAAGCUUCGGAGGAGGGGCCGGAUAAGGCCAAGGGGCUUGUGGAGGCAGGCGCCGAGCCCACGCCCGAGGGGGCGCUCAAAGUGGAGAAGAAAGAGGGGGGCGGAGGCCCUGGCGGCAAAGCCCCCUCGGCCAAGGGCUCAGGUGCCCCCCAGGACAGCGACUCCAGUGCCACCUGCAGUGCCGACGAGGUGGACGAGCCUGAGGGAGGCGACAAGAACAGGCUGCUGUCACCACGGCCCAGCCUCCUCACCCCAGCCGGUGAUGCCAGGGCCAACGCCUCACCCCAGAAGCCGCUGGACCUGAAGCAGCUAAAGCAGCGGGCGGCCGCCAUCCCCCCCAUUCAGGUCACCAAAGUCCACGAGCCACCCCGGGAGGACACAGCUGCCCCUAAGACGGCGCCCUCAGCCCCACAGCCAGCACAGCACCUGCAGCCAGAGAGCAACGCCCCUCAGCAGCCCAGCAACAGUCCUCGAGGCAAAAGCAGGAGCCCUGUGCCUCCUGCUGAGAAGGAGGAGAAGCCUGUGUUCUUCCCGGCCUUCACAGCCGAGGGCCAGAAGCUGCCUGCGGAGCCCCCGUGCUGGACGUCGGGCCUGCCCUUCCCCGUGCCCCCCCGUGAGGUGAUCAAGGCCUCUCCGCACGCCCCUGACCCCUCAGCCUUCUCCUAUGCUCCGCCUGGUCACCCGCUGUCCCUGGGCCUCCACGACAGUGCCCGGCCCGUCCUGCCACGCCCUCCCACCAUCUCCAACCCUCCGCCCCUCAUCUCCUCCACCAAGCACCCCAGCGUCCUCGAGAGGCAGAUGGGUGCCAUCUCCCAGGGACUGUCAGUCCAGCUCCACGUCCCAUACUCAGAGCAUGCCAAGGCCCCUGUGGGCCCCAUCACCAUGGGGCUGCCCCUGACCAUGGACCCCAAGAAGCUGGCGCCCUUCGGAGUGAAGCAGGAGCAGCUGUCCCCACGGGGCCAGGCUGGGCCACCAGAAAGCCUGGGGGUGCCCACGGCUCAGGAGACGUCCGUGCUGAGAGGGACGUCCCUGGGCUCGGUUCCAGGAGGAAGCAUCAGCAAGGGUGUCCCCAGCAACCGGGUGCCCGCCGAGAGCCCCAUCACCUAUCGAGGUUCCAUCACCCAUGGCACGCCGGCCGACGUCCUGUACAAGGGCACCAUCACCAGGAUCAUUGGUGAAGACAGUCCGAGUCGCCUGGAUCGCAGCCGGGAGGACGGCCUGCCCAAGGGCCACGUCAUCUACGAGGGCAAGAAGGGCCAUGUGCUGUCCUACGAGGGUGGCAUGUCUGUGUCCCAGUGCUCCAAGGAGGAUGGCAGGGGCAGCUCAGGGCCUCCCCACGAGACGGCCGCCCCCAAGCGCACCUACGACAUGAUGGAGGGCCGCGUCAGCAGGGCCAUCGCCUCAGCCAGCAUCGAAGGUCUCAUGGGCCGCGCCAUCCCACCUGAGCGACACAGCCCCCACCAUCUCAAAGAGCAGCAUCACAUCCGCGGCUCCAUCACGCAAGGGAUCCCACGGUCCUACGUGGAGGCCCAGGAAGACUACCUGCGCCGGGAGGCCAAGCUCCUGAAGCGUGAGGGUACACCGCCGCCGCCCCCGCCACCCCCGCGGGACCUGGCCGAGGCCUACAAGGCCCGGCCCUUGGAGGCCCUGGGACCCCUGAAGCUGAAACCGGCCCAUGAGGGCCUGGUGGCGACGGUGAAGGAGGCCGGCCGCUCCAUCCACGAGAUCCCACGCGAGGAGCUGCGUCGCACGCCCGAGCUGCCCCUCGCCCCGCGGCCACUCAAGGAGGGCUCCAUCACGCAGGGAACCCCACUCAAGUACGACACUGGCACGUCCUCCGCCGGCUCCAAGAAGCAUGACGUGCGCUCCAUCAUUGGCAGCCCUGGCCGGACGUUCCCAGCCGUGCACCCGCUGGACGUGAUGGCAGACGCCCGGGCGCUGGAACGCGCCUGCUACGAGGAGAGCCUGAAGAGCCGGCCGGGGGCGGUCAGCAGCUCCGGGGGCUCCAUCACCCGGGGGGCCCCGGUCAUCGUGCCCGAGCUAGGCAAGCCGCGGCAGAGCCCCCUGACCUAUGAGGACCACGGGGCACCCUUCACCGGCCACCUGACACGCGGCUCGCCCGUGACCACACGGGAGCCCACCCCACGCCUGCAGGAGGGCAGCCUCUCGUCCAGCAAGGCGUCCCAGGAUCGGAAGCUGACGUCGACGCCCCGUGAGAUUGCCAAGUCCCCACACAGCACCGUGCCCGAGCACCACCCCCACCCCAUCUCACCCUACGAGCACCUGCUCCGCGGCGUGGACCUGUACCGUGGACACAUCCCGCUGGCCUUCGACCCCACCUCCAUCCCCCGCGGAAUCCCCCUGGAUGCAGCCGCUGCCUAUUACCUGCCCCGGCACCUGGCCCCCAACCCCACCUAUCCGCACCUGUACCCGCCUUACCUCAUCCGCGGCUACCCUGACACGGCGGCACUGGAGAACCGCCAGACAAUCAUCAACGACUACAUCACCUCGCAGCAGAUGCAUCACAACGCGGCCACCGCCAUGGCCCAGCGCGCCGACAUCCUGCGGGGCCUCUCACCCCGCGAGUCUUCACUUGCGCUCAACUACGCCACCGGCCCGCGAGGCAUCAUUGACCUGUCCCAAGUGCCACACCUGCCUGUGCUGGUGCCCCCGACACCAGGCACCCCAGCCACCGCCAUGGACCGCCUGGCCUACCUCCCCACCGCACCCCAGCACUUCAGCAGCCGGCUCAGCAGCUCCCCGCUCUCCCCAGGAGGCCCCACUCACCUGACGAAACCCACCACCGCGUCCUCAUCCGAGAGGGAGCGGGAGCGAGACCGGGACCGGGAGCGUGAACGCGAGCGCGAGAAGACCCUGCUCACGUCCACCAGCACGGUGGAGCACGCGCCUAUCUGGAGACCCGGUAGGGCAGCCGAGCCCCGGGCUCGAGCCCCGCCCCGAGCCCCGGGGGUCCCGGCGGGGCCAGGCCCAAGUGUCGUCCCCACGGACUCAGUAGAUGCUCAGUUAAGUUUUGGGACGAUGGAGUGCAUGAAUGGGGUGGGGUGUCGCAGGUCAGGGUACGGAGGGGUGUUUAUUCUGGGAGCAGUGAGGGACGAGGAAACUGUUCCACAGCGGCAGGACCCCCAGGGAGUUAGAGUAAGGGAGUGACCCAGACUGGGCCUCAGGGCCCCCUGUGGUUCCCGCCUGACCGGUCCCCUCGCUGUCCUCCCCAGGUCCACCUCCACCUCCUCGCCUGUCCGUCCUGCCGCCACAUUCCCACCCGCCACCCACUGCCCGCUGGGCAGCACCCUCGACGGGGUCUACCCCACCCUCAUGGAGCCCAUCCUGCUGCCCAAGGAGACCCCGAGGGGCGCCCGGCCGGAGAGGCCCCGAGGGGACACUGGCCACGCCUUCCUCGCCAAGACCCCAGCCCGCACUGGGCUGGAGCCCGCCUCCUCCCCUGGCAAGGGCUCCGAGCACCGGGCCCUGGCACCCCCCGGCUCCAGCCACGCGGCCAUCGCCCGCACCCCAGCGAAGAGCCUCGCACCCCACCACGCCAGCCCAGACCCACCGGCACCACCCGUCUCGGCCGCGGACCUGCACCGGGAAAAGACUCAAAGUAAACCCUUUUCCAUCCAGGAAUUGGAACUCCGUUCUCUGGGUUACCAUGGCGGCAGCUACAGCCCCGAUGGGGUGGAACCCAUCAGCCCCGUGAGCUCGCCCAGCCUGACCCACGACAAGGGGCUCCCCAAGCAUCUGGAGGAGCUUGACAAGAGCCACCUGGAGGGGGACCUGCGGCACAAGCAGCCAGGCCCCGGGAAGCUUGGCGGGGAGGCCACACACCUCCCACACCUGCGGCCGCUGCCCGAGAGCCAGCCCUCCUCCAGCCCACUGUUGCAGACCGCCCCGGGGGUCAAAGGUCACCAGCGGGUCGUCACCCUGGCACAGCACAUCAGUGAGGUCAUCACGCAGGAUUACACACGCCACCACCCGCAGCAGCUGAGCGCGCCCCUCCCCGCCCCCCUCUACUCCUUCCCCGGAGCCAGCUGCCCCGUCCUGGACCUCCGCCGCACGCCCACCGACCUCUACCUCCCGCCCCUGGACCACGGCGCCCCAGCCCGCGGCUCCCCCCACAGCGAAGGGGGCAAGAGGUCUCCAGAGCCGAGUAAGACGUCAGCCCUGGGCAGCGGUGAGGAUGGUAUCGAACCUGUGUCCCCACCGGAGGGCAUGGCAGAGCCUGGGCAUCCUCGGAGCACCAUGUACCCCCUGCUGUACCGGGAUGGGGAGCAGGUGGAGCCCAGCAGGAUGGGCUCCAAGUCCCCAGGCAACACCAGCCAGCCGCCCGCCUUCUUCAGCAAGCUGACCGAGAGCAACUCCGCCAUGGUCAAGUCCAAGAAGCAGGAGAUCAACAAGAAGCUGAACACACACAACCGGAACGAGCCAGAAUACAAUAUCGGCCAGCCCGGGACAGAGAUCUUCAAUAUGCCGGCCAUCACCGGAGCAGGCCUCAUGACCUGCAGAAGCCAGGCCGUGCAGGAGCAUGCCAGCACCAACAUGGGGCUGGAGGCCAUUAUUAGAAAGGCGCUCAUGGGUAAAUAUGACCAGUGGGAGGAGCACCCGCUCGGCGCCAAUGCUUUUAACGCUCUGAAUGCCAGUGCCAGCCUGCCCGCUGCUAUGCCCAUAACCGCUGCUGACGGACGGAGUGAACACGCACUCACCUCGCCAGGUGGUGGCGGGAAGGCCAAAGUGUCUGGCAGACCCAGCAGCCGAAAAGCCAAGUCCCCGGCCCCGGGCCUGGCGUCGGGGGACCGGCCACCCUCCGUCUCCUCGGUGCACUCAGAGGGCGACUGCAACCGCCGGACGCCACUCACCAACCGCGUGUGGGAAGACCGGCCCUCAUCUGCAGGUUCCACGCCGUUCCCCUACAACCCCCUGAUCAUGCGGCUCCAGGCGGGUGUCAUGGCCUCCCCACCCCCGCCGGGCCUCCCCACUGGCAGCGGGCCCCUCGCCGGCCCCCAUCACGCCUGGGAUGAGGAGCCCAAGCCACUGCUCUGCUCGCAGUACGAGACGCUCUCCGACAGCGAGUGACUGUCAGGACGGGGUGGGGCGGCCGCUGACUCCCCCGGCCAAGAAUGGAGCCCCUGAGUCUGCCUGUGCACCGUCUGUCCGUCCAUCCAGAGCUGGCAUCCUUGCCUGUCUAAAGCCUUAACUAGGACUCCCGCCCCGGGCUGGCCCUGUGCAGUGACCUUACUCAGGGGAUGUUUACCUGGUGCUCGGGAGGGGAGGGACCCGGGGAGGGGCCGGGCAGGCGUGUGCCAGCCACACGCACACAGCCGGGGUGGCCAGGGACCCAAAGCAGGACGACCACGCACCUCCCACACCACUGCCUCCCCCCUUAAUGCAUUUGGAACCAAAGUCUAAACUGAGCUAGCAGCCCCCCGCCCCCUCCCUGCGCCCCCAUCCCGCUUAGCGCUCUGGACAGACAGGACAUGGGCCCUGUCCAGCCCCCAGCGCUCUCGUCCCGGUCCCCACAGGCUGCCCCAGCCAGCGAGACUGCUGGAAACCCAAGUCAGGCCAGCUGGGCGGGCGCAAGGGCCAGGUGCGGCCUGGGGCGCGCAGCUGUUUGAAGAACUGGACUGUUUUUUUCACACAUCGUUGCCGCAGCGGUGGGAAAGAAAGGCAGGUGUAAAUGAUGUAUUGGUUUACAGGGUAUAUUUUUGAUACCUUCAAUGAAUUAAUUCAGAUGUUUUACGCAAGGAAGGACUUACCCAGUAUUAUUGCUGCUGUGCUUUCGAUCUCUGCUUACCGUUCAAGAGGCGUGUGCAGACGGACAGUCGGUGACGCCAUUGUCCGCAGGGCCGAGGGGGCAGGGCCGCUGGCUCUCGAGCCCCCUGUGUCCUCCCUCCCUCCCUUCCUUGGGCAGAAUGAGUUUGAUGGGUAUUCUGUGACUGCCAUCUGCGCACGGCAGUGGCGCUCUGUCAUUUACACACGUUGUUCUCAUUAAAAAGCGAAUUAUACUCGA